UUGGGAUGGGAGCAGUGUACACCCUUCAGAUGCUUGCUUUUCUUCUGCACUUUUCCAGGCAUGAGUAAGUUUAGCAUCUUUUUCUCCUUGGCCCUCAUAUUUGGGGUGGGCUGGGCAAUGGACCAACCUGCGAGGCAUCCUCCAUUUAUUGGAUUACAAGGAUGUAUGCAAGCGCUGAAACUCCCUGUCCUUGAAGUUCUUCCUGGAGGUGGCUGGGACAACCUGAGGAAUGUGGAUAUGGGGAGAGUGAUCAAUCUGAAUUACUCUUUGUGCAAAACUACGGAAGAUGGGUCUUAUAUCAUCCCCAACGAGGUCUUCAGCAUUGCCCUCAAGCAUAGCUUUUUGGAGAUGAACUCGGAGAUCAUUGAUUCUUGGAUGGAUUACCAGUGUAUCACCGCCGCUUCUAUUAACUUAGAGCUGUCUUAUUUGAAUAUUAAUGGCAGGUUCUCCAGUGAUUUCCGCAGGAUGAAAACACACCAAGUGAGAGAACAGGCUGUAACCACCAGGGUUCAGGUCAGAAAUUUGGUAUACACUGUAAAAUUUGACCCUGCAGCAACCUUAGAUGAAGGUUUCCAGCAGCAGCUUUUUACCAUUGCUGGUCAUCUAGAAAACAAUCAGACUCGAAUGGCUGACUACCUGGCAGAGGUCUUAGUGCUGAACUACGGGACUCAUGUUAUCACUGAUGUGGAUGCUGGAGCUAGUCUGGUCCAAGAGGACCAAAUCAAAUCCACCUUUGUGAAGGACAGCCAAUCUAUGAGAAGUUCCAUCACAGCUGCUGCCGGGGUUUCUUUCCACAACACAAUCAACUUCAAUGCUGGAUUUUCAGUUGGCACAGAAGAUUUAUUCACCAAGCAGUACCUGGCCAACCGCACCAAUUCCAGGGUGGAGAGCAUUGGAGGAUUUCCUUUUUAUCCUGGCAUUACCCUAAAAGCUUGGCAAGAAAGCAUCACCAACCACCUGGUGGCUAUUGACCGUUCUGGCUUGCCUUUGCAAUUUUUCAUCACCCCAAAGAACUUGCCAGGAUUGCCCCAUCUUAUAGUGAAGAAAUUGGCCAGGACUGUGGCAUCUGCCAUCUCCCGCUAUUACAGUUUCAACACUUACCCUGGAUGCACAGAUCCUGCCUCACCCAACUUCAACUUCUAUGCCAACACUGAUGACGGGACCUGUGAAGGGACAAUGACCAACUUCACUUUUGGAGGAGCCUACCAAAAGUGUGCUCAGCUGGAAGGACCGGAUGCUGCCAUACUCUGCCAAGGCCUGGAGCAGAAGAACCCACUCACUGGAGCCUUCUCCUGCCCAGCAGGCUAUACCCCCAUCCGACUGAGCUCCCAGCAACGGGAGGAAGGAUACAGUCACUUGGACUGCCAUCGAGACUGCUUUGUCUGGAAGUUGUUCUGCAAGCUGGUAUGCAAGGAUGUUUUCACACUCUCAAAAGUGCAAUUUAGCUCUUAUUGGUGUGCAGCAAGAGGCACGGUUCCCGAGAACUCAGGAUUCCUCUUUGGGGGCCUCUUUACCACCAAGAGCACCAACCCGAUGACCAAUGCUCAGUCCUGUCCCUCCAGGUAUUUCCAGAUGAAGCUUUUUGAUCAGCUCAAAAUUUGUGUCAGCCGCGAUGUAAGGGGGCAAAGGUACUCUGUGCCCUUCGGAGGGUUCUUCAGUUGCCAGGUAGGCAAUCCAUUGGUGGGAUCCCAUAAUGGAACAGAUAAUGACCCAUACCCCAAGAGGUGUCCUGUAGGAUUUAGCCAGCACCUGGCUCUGAUCAGUGAUGGGUGUCAAGUAGAAUACUGUGUCCAGGCUGGGCGCUUCACUGAAGGGUCCUUACCCCAAGCCCGGCUCCCACCCUUCACUCACAAACCUGUCAUGAGCUUCGUCGCUACUGACACUGUUAUGGUAAUAAACAGCAAUGAUGGCCAAAUGUGGGUCAAAGACUCUCAGACCCAGUUGUGGAAGAUAGGCAACCCUGCUGAGGUGCCUCACAAUAUGAAGAAAGGUAAAUAUGUUGGUGGAAACCUAUCAACGGGGGAGGCAGCUGGGAUAACCAUCAGUGUCACCAUUGGCUUGGCCAUUCUGAUUGGUCUGAGUGUCUAUGGGUGCAGAAGAUACAAGACAAAAGAGUACCGUGAGAUAGAGGAAGAGGAGAAGAGCCUGAUCCUGAACCACCCUGCUCACAGCCACCAAAAUGAAAUGGAGGAUGCUCCCCAGCAGAUACAGGAAAACCAAACUGUUUAGUCUCUCUCUCUCUGUGCAUGCGCGUGCGUGCGAGAGAGAGAACUAUGUCAGUUUCUAUCUACCUGAUACCCCCCAGCUGUGUUAGAUUAAAAACCUCAUCAUCUUCAGCCAACUUGGCAUCAUCCUGGCUCUGAAUGGCAGGAAUUGUAAUGUAACUGGUGUUGCUAUUAACCGUUCCUAUUAAAGUAGCAAGACCAUAAGAAAAACUCA